AUGGGUAACUGUAUUUGGGUGUCCGACACAGGAAACUGGAUGCAUAUUUGCUAUCAGUCUAAGCUUCAAGCCCGGAAAGCCUUAAGCAAAGAUGGGAGAAUUUUUGGUGAAUGUAUCAGGAUUGGUGUCAAGCCGUGUACAGAUAAAACUGUGAUGGAAAACUUUGCAAGAAGCUCUGCGUCCCCGAUGUCUUCAGUUUUCACUCCACCUACAAAAUCCGUGGCCAGCACACCAGUACAGCCUGCAAACUAUACGACAAGGUUCCCCACAAUGAGACCUCUCGUACCACCAUAUAAAGCCUUCGCUAGUGACUACCAGGUGUUUUUGGACGGAGAAUCUCCUAGGAAAGGUGAAAGUAUGGCAUUUUAAACAAUGGAAUAUGUGUUUGGCUGGUAACACACAGGAGGGAGUAAAACACCGAGUUGGUCAGGGUUUGAAGUAGGCUACUGGCAUCCGUGGUUAGUUGUAUAACUACUGGUGGCGGUAUUUUAACUUACGUCUCACCUGUUAUGCCUUCAGUUAAUUCAGCAGAUAUGUAGCUUGCACUUUGAAGGCUGGUAAUGUAGACGUGAUUUUAAAAACUGAGUAGGUGUAAAGAGAAGUGCUUUUUCCCCAUUUGUGCUCUAUUGUGUGAUUGUAGAAAACGUAUCAGCACUGACCAUUUUUUUCCCUCUGUAAUUACUUUCUGUAAAUUACUUCCCAGUAAGUUGGAAAUGUUUAAAAUGGGGGCUUUGUUUCCCGAUGCCUUUGAACUUAUUUUUUCUUUGGUUGUGUUUUGUUUUUUUGUUUUGUGUUUUUUUUUUUUUUUGAAAGGUGGUGGACUCCUUGGAGGAAGAACACUGUGCACAGCUGGCUCCCCAGGACUGGGACUGUUCUUAGUAUUUGUGAUGUUAAUGUUUUUUUUAGCAUUCAUUGCUGUUUUAUAAUUAUCUCUGGCAUCAUGUUCUCAAUGUCAUAGCAACUUUUUAACUCGUUGUUUUAUAGAUAAAGCUAAAUAAAGUUAAGUUUUUCCUUGUAUUGUUUUUUAAA